AAUUGAUUCUAGAACUUUACUUUGUUAAGUAGAAGACACAAAAUAGAUCAAAUGAAGAACUCAGCUGUAACAUAUUUUGUGACCCGGGCAAUCUUAAAAAAAGAAAGUAACGGUGCUAAUCUGUUUAUUGAAAUUUCCAUUCUCUACCGCUUCACCUAGUGGACAAAAGAGCAAGUAUUAAAUGAAUGGGUUGGCGAUAUCAAUAGACACCAUUUGUAGGUCAAGUUCGUUUUCUCGUAACGGAGCGUAACUUGACACCCUUAGGGGUUGCUCGCCAGCUGCCUUUGGCUGUCAGUCCAGGUGCAACGUCAUGGUCAAUUGCCAAGGAGCUUGUCUGCAUUUCGCGCCCAACUGCCCCUCCAAACCUACUGGGGUAAAGGUAGGCAGCGGUUUAGGAACAGCUUCAAAUACCAAGCAACGACCGACACCAACUCCCACCGCCUUUUACGAGUGAUACGCAAAACAUUAGAAAAAGUGUUACACUACGACCUAUUUGGAACCUGCCUUCAUACAAACCAACCAACCAACCAACCAACCAACCCAAACCCUCUGCCAAAAACCCAACCAAACCACAACCAUGAACCGCCUCUUCGGCAGCGCGCCCAAGGGGCCCAAACCAACGCUGAACUCAGCCAUCGGCAACAUCGACACGCGGAUCUCCUCGGUCGACGUCAAAAUCGCCAGCAUCAACACGGAGCUCCAAACGUACCAGACCAAGAUGGCCAAGAUGCGCGACGGGCCCGGCAAGACGGCCCUGAAGCAGAAGGCGCUAAAGGUGCUCCAGCGGCGCAAGCAGUACGAGGCGCAGCGCGACCAGCUGCAGAGCCAGGUCUGGAACAUGGAGCAGGCGCAGACGAUGCAGGACAACCUGGCGGGCGUCAUGACGACGGUGGACGCGAUGAAGACGACGCAGCGCGAGCUGAAGAAGCAGUACGGCAAGGUGGACAUCGACAAGAUCGAGCGCAUGCAGGACGAGAUGGCCGACCUGCUCGACAUCGGCAACGAGAUCCAGGAGACCCUGAGUCGCGGCUACGAGGUCCCCGACGACGUGGACGAGGCCGAGCUCGACGCCGAGCUCGAGAUGUUGGGCGCCGAGAUGGAGAUGGAAGGGUCUGGGGCGCUGGAUGCAGGGGGUGUGCCUGAUUUCAUGAGGGACGAGGUCCCCGACUUCAUCGACGAGCCGCCGGAGUCCUCUAAGGUCCAGGAGGUUGCCAGGUGAAACGAGAUGGUCGCAUCAAUUUGAGUACGAAAUUCCAAGAUAGAGAGAUAGAGAGAGAGAUUUUCGAGGGAGGCAUCAGAGCGGGCAUGGGAUCAAGGCGUUUCCGGCGUUAUUAGGAGGACCACAAUUCUUCAAGGGCUAAAGACCAACGGGAAGACAUGCAAUAGGAGUUGUACGUGAAAAAGAAU